AAACAUUCUACAAGAAUCGAUUUCUACGCUUCCAACAUAAGACAUUCAAGAAGUCGUCACAUACCAGCCGGCGAUAUCAGGCGAGAACUUGACCACCGCUUUUUUGCGAUGUCGAUGCCAAUCUUCAGUUCAUGGCGACAGACGUGCUGCGCAUGUGACGUCAUACUUAAAGCAGGGGUCAAAUCAUUUAAGAGACGGCAUUUCGGAACCGCCCUCCUUCAGUUCUCACCGGCGGCCGCGUCAACGGUACCCGUUUUUACUAUGGCUCCUGCCAGCUCGAGCGAAGAUGGCCGUGAAAUAGCCAGCUCUCAGUACCAUUUCGUGGACCACGUCAUUUCGGUUCCCAGCGUGAACCUCUUGUGCUUCCGUACCGCCGAGUGCUACAGCGCGCUGAAGAAGCAUUCCGCCCUAACUGCGAUUGCUCUGGACACCGUUGAGAAGUGCGCCUCGCACGCUUACUCCCGUCUCGGGAAGCCCGCCGUCGAACAGCUCUCCGGACCACUUCAGGUCGCUGACAACCUCGCCUGCAAGGCCCUGAACAAGCUUGAGAACAACUAUUCGGUGAUAAGCAAAACACCGCACGAGAUCAUCGCCGAUGCCCGCGACAUUGGAAAACGCAAGUACGGCGACGGCCAGGCCUACGCGCAGGAAAAGAUCGAAGUCUGCCGGGACCUUUCGGAACGUGUCCUCAAUGCUGCCUGCCACCCCGUGGACACCGCCGCGUCCAUCGGGCGCUGCACUCGCGCCAUUGUCUGGCACCAACUGGCCGUUGCCAAAUCGCGCUGCGAUGAGGUACGUGCACCAUCACACGGUGUUUACCUGAGUAUAAUACGAAACUUCGGGGUAGUUUAGGAACCCAUGGUAUAACAGGCUGCGCGAAAUUGGCGAGGAUGCUGAAUCAACGAAACGCAUUCCAUUUCGUCCUCAAUUUGGUGCUUCCCGUUACCGUGGAAUCGUACCAACUUGCACGAUCA